UGCACAUUGCAGUCUAUUUAAAGCUCUGCUGCAACUAAGAGCUGGCUAAUGUCUGUAAACAGUCUGCGAUGCGUCAGGAAAGUUUUAAGCCCUGUUCUCCGUUGCUCCAUUGCCGUACGUAAAGAAAUGCGAUGCCACCUUCGUCCAACAAAGACUGAUUGACCACGAAAACAAAGGAAAGGCUGGUCUCAAUAUACGAAAUUCUGUAUUGCUUGGUCUAAACAACUUGCAAGACUGUAUCUUUUUGCUGUCGUGAGCCAUGGAUCCCAAAAACAAGCACGGCCUUGCGCUUCUGGAGCAGCUGUGGACGAUGCGUGAGACGGGUGAGCUGACCGAUGUGGUCCUGGUGGCCGAGGAUGUCUACUUCCCUUGCCACCGCGUGGUCCUGUGUGCCUUCAGCCCCUACUUCCGGGUCAUGUUCACCUGCGGCCUGAGCGAGUGCGGCCAGCGAGAGGUGGUGCUGCGGGACACGCCUGCUGAGAGCCUGGGCCUCCUGCUCGACUACAUGUAUCUGGCAGAGCUGCCCCUCACCAACACCAACGUGCAGGGCGUCUCCACUGUCGCCUUCCUGCUGCAGAUGGAUGAUGUGUUCAAGCAGUGCCAGCAGCAUAUGAUCGACCACAUGGACGCCUCCAACUGCCUGGGUGUAUAUUACUACGCGCGGGAGCUGGGCGCUGAGGAGCUGGCUGAUCUGGCGCAGCGGUAUCUGCGGCAACAUUUUGCCGAGGUUUGCCUGCAAGAGGAGGUGCUGGAGCUGGAGGUGCACCAGCUGCUGCCACUGGUCGGCUCAGACGACCUCAACGUCACACGCGAGGAGAGCAUCCUGGACAUGGUGCUGCGUUGGGUGGACCACCGGCGGGCCGAGAGGGCUACACACCUCGCUGAGCUUCUGCGCCGCGUACGGCUCCCUCUAGUGGCACCCGACUUCCUGCGAGAGGCAAUGCGGAGGAGCACGGUGCUGCUGGGGGACGCUGAGUGCCUGGAGAUGGUGGAGCAGGCCCUGGAGGCGGCCCAGCAGCAUCCUGCUGCGGCACCGCGGCGCCUGAAGCUGCGAUACGGCAUGGAGACCACUGACGUGCUGCUCUGUAUUGGAAACGACGGCCUGGGCAUCAGGUCACGGCAGGGCAGCUACUGCGACUAUAGCUUCUGCUACGCCCCCACCACUGGGCGCACCCUCUUCAUCACCUCACCCCGCUAUGGCGAAGUGCUGGGCUGUGUGUGCGCCGGCGUGGUGACUGAGGACAACCAGAUCGUGGUGGCUGGGGAGGCAGGGGCCCGCAGAAUGGCCCGGCAGAAGAACAGAACUGUGGAUAUCUGCAGGUACAAGGCAUCAGCACAGGGCACCUGGGAGAAGCUCUGCUCAGUGGAGUAUCGGGAUAUGUACGCUCUUGGCACUUUGGGCGACACUCUCUACCUGUUGGGGGGCCAGAUGAAGCUGAAGAACCAGUACCUCAUAACCAAUAGCGUGGAGCGCUGGUCCCUGAAAGGCGGGCCCUGGAGAAACUCCGCCCCACUGCCAAUGCCAUUGGCUUGUCACUGUGCUGUCAGCUUGAAGGGCUGUCUUUAUGUGCUGGGAGGCAGGACACCACAGUGUGACAGGCCAGAUGACGAGCCCGACCGCCUGAGCAAUCGCAUGUUCCAGUAUGACCCCGAGGCAAACAAGUGGGAGGAGCGUAGGUCCAUGAAGUUCUCCAAGUACCGCUGCAGCGUGGUGGUGCUGAACGGGGAGGUCUACGUGCUGGGGGGCAUUGGCUGUGAAGGAGCUGACCGUGGACAAUCACGCCGCUGCCUUGAUGUCGUGGAGAUUUACAACCCUGAUGGGGACUUCUGGAGAGAGGGACCCCGGCUGCCCUAUCCGCUCCUCUCCCUGCGCAGUGGGGCAUCCAAUGCAGGGGCUGCAGGAGGCAAACUCUACGUGUGUGGCUUUUACAGGGGGGCUGAUCGGCAUGACGCCAUCAUCAAGGACAUCAUAGAACUCGAUCCAUGGGAGAAAGUGUGGACUAUGGUGGCACGGCGUGUCCUGAUGCACGACAACUAUGACGUAUGCCUGGUGGCCAACCUCAACCCUCGCAAUCUUGUGGCCCCACCCUCAGAUGCUUCAGAUGAGUGAUGCACCUAGGAGUCUGGACUAGCAUAAUGGCGCCCUUGUUAUACCAAAGCUGGCACUGUGUACAACAUCCAUCUGGACAAUCGACAUUGCUUUGGCUGUGUACACUCAUUAGCUUGACGCAUCCAUCCGUUCAUCAUUCAUCAGAGCAUGGAAGCAGCAAGACUACAUGGCAUGCGAUGAGUACUUUUACCAGAUUUAGAGGUUUGUUACGUAACUAACACUCAUUACUCAGUGCUACACCAUGUAGUUAAUGGUAGUUUAGUGGUAAACGUCAUAUAAUUUUUUAUGGGGGCCCAUUCACUGGAUUCCUCAUUGUGAAAGCAACAUAAGGAUUUCUGGUUGCAGUGAAUCCCAUACUGCACCCUCAAGAUUCCUUUGCAAAGACCUUUCCUGGUGGAACUGUUUAUACAUGUACAUUGACUGGGCUGCCCCAUUUUGGCAGUUUAAAAUGUACCGUUGACUGAUGGGACAAUUAAAUAUUAUGCUGUUUUGUGUAAA